AUGCAACUUCAGCUGCCGCAGCCCCUCAGUGCCGGCCCGGCUGGCCGGAAAGCUGCUGCGCCGGGCACAGCCGCGGUGCCACUGGUGACACGCCAGCUCUCUGGGAAACCCGAGUGCGUGGCAUACACAGCUCAGGCAGAUGAGAAGACAAUCCCUGGUACUCCUACAGAUGCUAAUGCCAGAGCCUUGUUGGUUUGCAGUGGACCUUUAGAACACUAUGACUUUCUGAUUAAGCAAGAAGAGCUGAGGAAUGAUGAGCAACAAAGAAGAGUAGUGCAGCACCUGCAGAAGUUGCACGAGAGCCUUAAAGGCUACACCAUCAGUUCAAAAAAUCUCCUCUCAAAGCUCUUUGCAAAAAACAAACCCCCAAAAGGUCUUUAUGUCUAUGGAGAUGUUGGCACAGGAAAGACAAUGGUGAUGGACAUAUUCUAUUCUCACUUAGAAGUUGAAAGGAAAAAGAGAGUACAUUUUCAUGGCUUCAUGCUAGAUGUACAUCAGAGAAUACAUCGCCUUAAGCAGAGCUUGCCAAAAAGAAAGGCAGGAUUUAUGGCCAAAUCAUAUGACCCAAUUGCACCAGUAGCAGAGGAAAUAAGCGAAGAGGCUGCUCUCUUGUGUUUUGAUGAAUUUCAGGUCACCGACAUUGCUGAUGCCAUGAUUCUGAAGCAGCUUUUUGAAAAUCUGUUCCAAAAUGGCGUUGUCGUUGUGGCAACAUCUAACAGGCCGCCAGAAGAUCUCUAUAAAAAUGGUCUUCAGAGAGCUAAUUUUGUACCAUUCAUUGCAGUGCUGAAGAAAUACUGCAGCACAGUCCAGCUUGAUUCUGGAACAGACUACAGGAAACGAGUGCUUCCUGCUGCUGGAAAACUUUACUACCUCACAAGUGAAGCUGAUGUGGAGGCUGUCAUGGAUAAGUUGUUUGAUGAGCUGGCUCAGAAACAAAAUGAUUUAACUAGACCAAGGAUUCUAAAAGUGCAAGGCAGAGAGCUGAGGCUGAAUAAAGCGUGUGGAACCAUUGCAGACUUCACGUUUGAAGAGCUGUGCGACAGACCUCUUGGAGCCAGUGACUAUUUGGAAAUAUCAAAGCAUUUUGACACAGUCUUUGUUCGUGACAUACCACCGCUUACGAUGGCAAAAAGGACACAAGCCCGUCGUUUCAUUACUCUUAUCGAUACCUUUUAUGAGCAUAAGGUGCGUAUUAUUUGUUCUGCAGUGACUCCUCUCCAAAGCUUGUUCCUGGUAGAACAUGACAAUGGUGAGCUAGAGGACAACAGAGUGUUGAUGGAUGAUUUGGACUUGAGCCAGGAAUCUGCCAAAGGACUCUCCAUGUUUACAGGAGAAGAGGAAGCCUUUGCCUUUCAGCGUACUGUCUCACGGCUUACAGAAAUGCAAACUGAACAGUACUGGAAAGAUGGGGACAGAAGCAAAAAAAAGUUAUAA